GGAUUCAAACAAACAAGCGCUGUUGGAAGUGUGGUAGGACACAUUUAGCUGCACAGUGCAAUCUGAAAAAACCCUGCAAUAAAUGUAAAGGCAAGCAUUUGCUCAUACUCCAUGACAUCAAUUACAAGGCAGUCAAAGAUACUGUGCCAGCAUCAAGUUCCACAGCUGAGACUUUAUAUCUGGACAAACCUGGAUUAGAUAACCGGGUCCUGCUGAAGGUAGUCAGAGUUCUCUUGAGAUAUAAGAACCGCACGUUGGACACUUAUGCUAUCCUGGACGAUGGAUCCGAACGCACCAUCCUGUUACUUGCUGCAGCCCAGCAACUGAAUCUGAAAGGUGACGAUGAGGAGUUAUCCAUUAGAACCAUUCAUCAGAAAGUGUCACGUUUACAAAGCACAACAGAGUCAUGAAAGGUGGUUCAUACCACAUCAUAUGGUCACCCAUAAUGACAAAAAUCGUCUGGUCUUCAACUGCUCAUUCCAGUACCAGGGAAUGAACUUAAACGAAUCCCUAAUUCCUGGUCCAGCACUUGGUCCGUCACUCCUUGGAGUCCUGAUAAGAUUCAGAGAGCAUUCCGUAGCUGUGAGUGGGGAUGUAAAGGGAAUGUUCCAUCAAGUCCGACUUCUGGAACAGGACAGACCUAUCCUACGGUUUCUCUGGAGAGAUAUGGAACGAGAUAGAGAAGCUGACGUCUACGAAUGGAGGGUGCUCCCAUUCGGAACUACUUGCAGCCCCUGCUGCGCUUCCUAUGCGCUGCAUAAGCAUGUUCUUGACAACACAGAGGCAGGUGAUAACCUACGAUUCACUAUACAAAGGAGCUUCUAUGUUGAUAACUGUCUUCAGAGCCUGAACACAGCUGAUGAGGCCAGAGAGUUGAUCAACCAUCUCAGGAAGCUACUGGCAGAUGGAGGAUUCAACAUCCGACAGUGGGCAUCAAACCAACCUAGUGUAGUAAGUCAUCUACCUAAGGAAGCUCAGUCGACCAGUACUGAACUGUGGUUGUCACAAAGAGAAACAGAAGUUCCUGAAUCCACUCUAGGUCUGCAUUGGCAUUGCCCCACCGACACUCUCAGGUACAAACACCGUCCCUUGGAGUAUGGACAGCCCACCAUUCGCAAUUUAUAUCGAAUUCUUGCCAGUCAAUACGACCCAUUGGGCUUCAUCCUCCCAUACACAACCAGAGCGAAAAUCCUAAUCCAACAACUUUGGGCUAAGCCGAGGGAGUGGGAUGAUCCUCUAUUUCCCGAUGAACUAUUGCAGAACUGGCUGCAGUGGGAAGACGAACUUAAAUCACUUUCAGCCAUUGCCUUCCCUAGAUGUUAUGUGACCCCAGAAAUGGAUAAUUCUUCUUCUGUAAGGGAAAUACAUGUGUUCUGUGACGCAUCGGAAAGAGCCUAUGGGGCAGUCUCGUAUCUGAGAACAGAGAACAGUCAAGGCAAGGUACAAUUAGGAUUCCUACUUGCACGCUCCAGAGUUGCACCUAAGAAACAGUUAUCCAUUCCCAGACUUGAACUCUGCGCCGCACUCUGUGGAGCUCAGUUAGCGGAGUUACUAAGGAAGGAACUUACACUUGAGUAUCAGAAAAUUACCUUGUGGUCCGAUUCCACCACAGUGCUGAAUUGGUUGCAUUCCGAUUCGUGCCGGUUCAAAGUCUUUGUUGGCACCAGGAUCGCAGAUAUACAAGAAACAACAUACCCACAGGAUUGGAGGUACGUGGACUCUGCUCAAAAUCCGGCUGAUGACCUGACAAAGGGAAAACGUCUUGAGGAUUUAGCCAGACCAAACAGAUGGAGUAAUGGACCCCCCUUCCUUUUACUGCACCCUGAUCAAUGGCCUAAGAGUCCUGUUAACAGCUCCUUGGAAGGGGAUUCAGAAUUGCGCAAGUCAAUGUUCUGUGCUCUUAAUGUAGUGACCUCCAACUCAGAGAUUCCUGAUGCCAGACAGUAUACAGUCUACAGAGAAUUACUGGAAGCUACUGCACAAUAUGUUCAUGGGGCUGCGAGUGGGGAGCCACUAACUGCUGCAGAUUUCCAACAGGCAGAAAUACUUCAGUGGAGAGCAGCUCAGCAAGAUAGUUUUCUCUGCGGCUUCCGAUGCCUGAAACAAGGCAAACCACUUCCUUCUAAUAGUAAACUGCUUACUUUGUGUCCAGAGCUGGACAAGGAAAUGGAUGUAAUCCGAGUGGGGGGAAGACUGCGUCGAGCUGAGGCACUCGACAUAGCAACAAAGCACCCAAUUGUCCUAGAUCCCAGUCAUGCCCUUACUAAACUUAUAAUUCAAGAUUACGAUCAGCAGUUGAACCAUCCAGGCCCAGAGAGAGUUCUGGCUGAAAUUAGGAGGAAGUUUUGGAUUCUGCGUGGUAGGGAGGCUAUCCGUAAUCACCAAUUUCGAUGCACUGAUUGUAGGAGAUGGAGAGCAAAACCAGAAGUCCCAAAAAUGUCAGACUUGCCUGUCGCUCGACUUCGACUAUUCAAGCCUGCAUUUUAUUCCACUGGAAUGGAUUGCUUUGGACCCUUCUCAGUUAAGAUUGGACGGAGAGUGGAGAAAAGAUGGGGAAUAAUUUGGAAGUGUUUGACAACCAGAUGUGUUCACCUUGACACACUGUCAAGUAUUGAUACUGAUUCCUUCCUCAUGGCAUUCCGGAGAUUUGUGGCACGUAGAGGAACUCCUUUCGAGCUAUGGUCUGAUCAAGGGACUAAUUUUAAAGGAGGGGAGAGAGAGAUGUAUGAAGCAUUCAAAAUAAUGUCACCUGAAUUACAACAACGGUUGGCAAGGCAGAAAGUUCACUUCCAUUUCAACCCUGGAGCUCCUCAUUUCAGAGGAGGAUGGGAACGUGAGAUACGAUCUGUCAAAUCGGCUCUGUAUGCUUCAGUUGGGGCUCAAUCAGUAACGGAGGAAGUCCUCAGGACAGUGUUAAUUGAGGUAGAGGGUAUACUGAACUCCAAGCCUCUUGGAUACCUAUCCUCUGACGUCUCAGAUACUGAUCCUAUUACUCCAAAUCACCUUCUUAUGGGGCGGCCGGAUGGUUCUCUCCCACAAGUUGUGUACCCUCAAAGCGAAAUGAUCAGUCGUAAACGAUGGCGCCACAGUCAGAUCCUUACAGAUUUAUUCUGGUCCUCAUUCAUCAAGUACUACCUACCAAACAUGCAGACCCGAUCUAAAUGGCAGAAGGACGUUGAGGACAUUGCCGUUGGGAGCAUUGUUAUGCUGGUAGACCCUCAAUUACCUAGAGCUAUGUGGCUAAUCGGUAAGGUGACCAAGGUUAUGCUCAGUGUAGAUGGACAUAUCAGAGCUGCAGAUGUGCUAAUCAAUGGACGAACCUAUACCAGACCUGUGUCAAGGAUGAUUAAACUCCCUGCUAUUCCCGAUGACUCAGAAACCUCAUAAUUGGAGA